AGUAAAAAAUUUACAGUAGGAAAAUGUUUUGCGGUCGGUCGUUAUUUUUCGCGUUUUCUAUAUAAAGAGAAAAAUCGAUGAUUUCUUGACAAAAACGCUAAGAAAGAUCGUCGAUCAUGAGAGAAAAAUGGAAUUUUAUUUUGUACCUAGUGUGGUUUUCUUAUUUAAUUUUAUCAGCUAUUCUUAUGUUCGGUCAUGGUUUCUUGUUGUCUCGAAAGACGUUGAGCGAUGUUUCAGAGUGCGUGCCACUGAAUAAGUUCAACUGUGAUGGUCGGGAAAUAGGAAAUUCAACGUAUUAUUCGAGUUGCACGAAUGAUGUGAAGAUUCGUCGUAUUUUGGCGAACCCUGGAGUGCCAGUGGUGUGCGCGCCUACUCGGCAUAGAGUUCUGUUUGUGCUGGUGGAUGCGCUGCGGUAUGAUUUUACGGACUACGAUGAGGGGCUGGAGAAACCAUUGCAUUAUCAGAACAAGCUGCCGGUGCUGCGGGAGACGCUGGCGCGCUGGCCGGAGCGCACCCGCUUGUUCCGGUUCAUGGCGGACCCGCCCACCACCACGCUGCAGCGCGUGAAGGCGCUCGUCACCGGAUCGCUCCCGACGUUCAUCGACGCCAGCUCCAAUUUCGCAGCAAUGGAGUUGCAGGAAGAUAAUAUCAUUGACCAGGUUACAAAAAGUGGUGGGCGUGCUGUCCUUUUAGGAGAUGACACAUGGUCCCGUUUGAUGCCUGGGAAGUGGUUGCGGUCACAUGCUCAGUACUCCUUCCACACAUGGGAUCUUGACACCGUUGACUUAGAAGUGGACUCGAAAAUUUAUGACGAAUUAAAGAAAGAUGAUUGGGACCUCCUUGUUGCACACUACUUGGGGGUUGACCACGCUGGGCACAGGUACGGUCCCAACCACCCUGAGAUGGCACGGAAACUCAACGAAACCAACAACAGACUACAAAAGAUACUGAAGAUAUUGCCUCCUGACGUACUACUGUAUGUAGUCGGUGACCAUGGAAUGACAGACUCUGACUCACAAGAAUGGAAAGAUUCAAGUGGUGACCACGGAGGGGAAAGCCGGGCAGAGAGAACAGCUGGACUGUUUGCGUACAGAGGGCUAGGUCUGGGAGGGAAUGAGGCAGACAUAGAAACAGGCAAGGAGGUACAGCAGACAGACCUGGCACCGACAGUGAGCGCAGCCCUAGGCAGGCCUCCGCCCGCGCCGUCGCUAGGCAACCUCCUCUUUCCAAUCCUGCCAGCUAUGCCGUCCACUGAAACACUUCUGCUUGUUACCAAUAAUUUGAAACAGAUAACAAACUACCUCGUGCGUUAUGGAGAAGAAUCUCAACAAAUUCCUCUGGAGAAGCUCGCUCAAUUAAUUAACGCUACUAGGGACCAACUUAGUAAAUCGUCGGGAGUACAGACACCUGAUGACCUCAACAACUAUGUAUCUGAAGUUAGAAUACUCAUUGACAAUAUACGCAGCGUUUUUCGUGAAGUUUGGGUAGAAUUCGAUUCCCUUUCCAUGCUUAGAGCAUUGUUGCUCCUUCUAUUGGCCAUCUUCUUUAACUGGCUGAUCACUGAAGGCCUUCCCAUGGAGCGUCUGCCAAGCGUUUUCGCCAGCUCCUUCGUUCCUACAGGAUAUAUAUCAAUGGCUGUAUGUGUAGGACUUUGUUAUACUGGUUAUUAUAUGGAGAUUAUUGAAGAUUUAGAACAUGCUGUAAUAUUAAGCACCGGUUUAGUGUCCGGCGCAGUGAUAUGUACAUUAAUAAUAAUGCAUUGGGAUGGUAUUAGUCAGAGGUGGUACGAAGGAAGAUCUCUAUUUUAUGAGCGGUUUUCGCGAGCGGCUCUUGUUGGCUCGGCCGCUGUGUUAGCAUCAAAUAGCUACGUUAUUGAAGAGGGUGCGGGUCUCUCGUAUCUGACUCUGACUGUGUUAGCACUUAUGGCGUGGAAUGUGGGGACAGUGAAGGCGUUAGUUAUAUGGGUGGGAUGCGGUAUUAUUCUGGGACUCUCGCGGCUGUAUAGGGGUUGUAGAGAAGAGCAAGGAGAUUGUUGGACUUCGGGGGGCGGGGUGAAUAGUGGGCAGGCUUCGAGACUGGCGCUAGUACUGGCUCUGGGGUCAAUGGCCGCGGUCGUGGCGGUAGCCAGACGGCAUAUUGGCUGGCGCGGGCAUGGUAUUGUGUUGGCUGGAUUGUUUGCUUGCGCGCAUUGGGCCGUUGGUUGGGGCUCGUUGGGUUCGCCUGCUCGUUCGCGACUGUUGGCUCGGGGCGCUUGGCUGGUGUUGGCGGCGAUGUUCGCCCUUCUUUGGCGGAAGGAUAGGAGCGGUCCGACGUUACCGCUGAUAGCGUGCGGCCUGCUGUUGUACAUAGCGAACACGCUGGUGCUCGGAGCCUCGUUUGCACCGGCGGCGGCGCUUGCGCUGGUGUCAGCGUUCCUGGCGCUCAACAUGGUGUCCUCCUUGAAGAGUGACGGAACAAUUAAAUUCUCAAUAUCAACUCGGUGCAGUUCAAGCGUGGCUUGCCUGUGGGCGUUACUAGCGUCUUACCAGUUCUACGGCAUGGGCCACCACGCGACACUGGGCCACGUGCGCUGGUCCCCCGCCUUCCACGCCGGAGACCCCCACUACUUACCAGACUCGCCAUUCAAUGUGGCCCCCUACGUCACCGGGUCUCUGGUGUUCCUUGAUCUCUUUGGCAUGCCGCUGAUGUUCGGCGCGGCGGUGCCGCUGCUGGUGCUAUGCGGCCGCUCGCAGCUGGGUGCGCGCACGCAGCUCGCCGCUGUCUUCACGCUGUGCCUCAAGUUCGCGCUCUGCUUCGUUGUCAGGGUGUUCGCGUGCGCGAUAUCAGCAACAAUCCACUGCCGGCACCUGAUGAUCUGGGGCGUGUUCACCCCGAAGCUGCUGUUCGAGUGCGGCGCGUGCGCGGCCGCGCUGCUGGGCUGCGUGCUGGGCGCGGCGCUGGCGGCGCACCAGCUGCCCGCCGACCACCGCAGCAGUUGACACUGACGCAGUCACUGAUGGGGGCGCAGGGGGGAUGGAGGGGACAAAUUGUUUAGUUGAUGUUUUUAUUCGGUAUAUAGGCGGUCGCAUGAUAUAAGAAAACCAGGAAUGCUCGAUCCUAUGGCAAGCCGCCAUUGAUAGCCCUUUGAUGACGUAAGUGUUGCCAUUAAAAUGGUAUCUCCAACAUUGCAAGGAUGUAAAUUUUAUUAUUGAAAAUUAAAAUGAAUUUACUGACUAAUGUAUUUAAUUACUAUUACUUGUCUCAUAUAUAAAAAAAAUUGAACUGUAAAUAAAUAAUUUACUAAAAGUUCAAAAUUUCAUUGCAAAGUAAAUAUAAAAACAUUGGUCGUGGGUAAUUUAUUUAUUACGAAAUGGCAAUACAGGGCGGGAUGACGACAGCUGGGCUGACCUUGAAAUGUUAGCUGUCAGUUUCGAGCAUACCUGAUUUUCUUAUACCAUGGGCGGUCGAACGAAGCAGUCUGUGUUAUCAAGACAUAAUCUUAGAGUUUGCAAGGCUAGAGUGUAAUAAGUUGAUUGAGAGGCCUGUGGGACUCCAGGCCGUUUAUGUAUAAUUGCUGUUGGGUCAACUCAGCAGAGGACUGCAUGGCACAGACUGUCUACAUAGACGCGAUAUAUACCGCAAACUUCGAUCAUUCGAUCGACAAUGGUGCCAGUUUUGGCAGACACAAACUUAAUUAGUUUGACAGCUUUUAAACUAGUGCCGUCCUUCACUUACAAUAAGUACAAGAAAGAGAUGGAGCUAGUUUUAGUCCUGUCAAAUUAAGUUGACGGUUGCCCGAAUUGGCACCAUUCAGAGUUAAAAAAAAACACCUAUAAUUUUAGAAUUGACUAAUGUCAACUGUCUAGCUUCACAAAAUAUGACUCAUUUUAGAAGCUCGACGCUUAUUUAACUAGUUUACGAUUGAGUGCUUCCUCCAUUUUACUCUGGCUUGAUGUAAAUACUAUUGAAAAUCGACAAGUUUACCUUAUUCUUUAGUUUGAAUAAUAUUUUUCUCAUGUUUUGACGAAAUCUAAUGUUGAAAGGUCAGAUAGGUAGUCGCUUCUGUAAAAAAUCGGACCUGUCAAAGAUUCAGGUUAGGUAAGCGGACCCUGUGAAAAACAGGAUAAUGCUAGGGGGAUGAUGAUGAAAUCAAGUUUGUACAUCAAAAAUAGUUGUGAAAAACAGAAAAAAAAACUUGCUUCAAACCCAUUUUCCACGUAAGUGUUCCUUUAUCAUUGGUGUUUUGUAUGGAAAACUGUGAGGUAUGGGUACUUAAUUCAUCCUACGAUGGAUAUUCUCACUAGUUCGACGAUCGAACUUUUUUUUUUUCUCUUUUAUGUAUCCUGCUCAACACAGCAAUCUGUCAUCAUGGACAUUUAGCUGCUUCUUUGUUUGGUUUCUCCUGUAUUUGGUCUUUGUAACUGUGAGAAAUGAUCCACUGAUCGGUCUCACUUUUCAGCAGGAAAUCUGUUUAUUAAAGAUGAAACACUGUUUCUCUUAAGUCUUGUGUAAACAAUACUUCCGGACCCCGAUAAGUCAGCAGCCAGAGAGUUGACAUGACAAGUUAGUUUUUUCUGGUAGUUUUGGCUACGGGUAGCGGUUUCUUGCUUCACAGUUUGUAGCUUCAGAUCUUGCAGGAUGUAUUUAUUGUGGAUGCAUUUAGGGAUGCAAUGAGAAAAAUAAUUCUCAAUAGUUCGACGAUCGAACUAAUGAAUCGAACUAGUGAGAAUAAAGGGUACCUCUGACUACCCCAUUGGGAUAUACUGUGCUUAUGUUUAUGAUGCAUUUUGUGAGUAUAUAAGCUAAGUGUAAACUUGUCGAUUUACAAUGUCGCUUUGACGGACUGUUGAUAUUUUAGCGUUUUUUUAAAGUACAAGUGAGACUAGUGCGAAUGUUACAUAUUGUAAUUUGUUGUUCGCGAUGGAACGUUCAUAUUUGUGUUGUGAUUUACGGGUUUUGCUAUUGGUUGUGUAACUCGGUGUGAAGAGAUCUUAUACAUGCAUACUCAAUACACUAUACUCAAGUGGAUAUUUUGCUUUCAACGGUAUUUGCAUAAAGUACCGUUGCUUACUAUCGAUACAUGAAGGAAGACUAAUGGUUGUCGAUAGCUCGAUAGUCCUUGCAAUAAUUAGAAUAGUAUUGCUUUGUGACAAUAUUAUUGAUCUAAAUGAGCUAUUGGCAACCAUGGGCGUGAGGGUCAUGACCUGUCACGGAGGGACCGACAGGGUGACAGAGUGGGUCUUGGGUGGGCACUGCAAUUUUAUCUUAAUUCUGUACGGAGAUAGGUUGCCUGUGAACGGGUGGAUUCCCCCCCUCCAUCCUCUGACAACAAAAGCUGGAUCCGUUCCUGUCGACAACAGUAGACAUAGAGCAACACGGCUGACCACGGCAUUACAUUUCCACUAUGACGUAAACUAGGUUUUAUAUUUCCGCAUUCCAUUCAAGACUCCGUG